AUGAAUUCGGAUGCUUUGAAUUUGCAAUCUGGCAGCGCGAUACCAUAUGAUGUUGAGGUGGUCGACGCAUCUAACGCCUAUGACAAUACCAACCAUAAGUUCACAGCGCCAUCAGCCGGUCUCUACUUCUUUACGUGGAGCGUGACGUCACUUCCCGGUUAUCCUGUCGACACGGCUCUCGUGAAGGAGAAAGCCUAUAACAACAAUGAAAUUAUAGGAAAACUUUCAUGUCACAACUUCUCCAAAAGUAAUAAAAGAAACACUUGCGCCCAGUCGACUCUCGCUCAGUUGAAUGCUGGGGAAAAAAUCUGGGUCAAGGCCACCGAAAGGAUGAGUUUGGUCAGCGGGACGUACUGGCCAACGUUCUCUGGAAUUAAAUUGUAA